AUGUCAACGGGAACCCCUGCCUUACUCCGGCUGGAAACUCCUAUCCAGAGUUUGACAACUGCCUUCUGGUUAUGGAAAACUCUCUUGUUUAUAAUUGUUGUUGCCUGUCCAGGACCAGGCUAUGAUACUUCCACUACUUUGAUCCCAUUUGACGGUGAUGAUGUCACCGCAUUGCCAUGGCCAUUGAAACUGGCUCGAUGGGAUGCCAUCUAUUUCGUGCAUACCGCGGAAAAGGGAUACAUCUACGAACAGGAAUGGGCUUUUGGGUACCCUAGAGGGGGCCCUGUAUCAACAGCCUUAAUUGGGGUUGUAUUGUCCCACGUCGCCCAUUAUCUGUCUGUUUUAGCACUCUUUGGACUUUCAGCCAAUAUCUUUGGUCACGCGACAGUCACGCAGCAAUUGAUUUGUUUUCUGUCAGCUGCUCUUCAUAUUAUUUGUCCAGCAGGUGCUUUUCUCUCAGCGCCUUAUGGCGAGUCGCUCUUCUCUUUCCUCAACAUCCUGGGCUUCUACCUGUAUUCGUCCUCAUUGAUCUCUGAAUCUAAAGGUGCCUCGACUUUGCGAGACUUGCAAGUUCUGACUGCGGGAGGUCUGUUCGCUGUUGCAACAAUCGUUCGCAGCAAUGGACUCCUGAGUGGAUUCCUAUUUGCAUAUGAUGCUAUCUUUCUCGCGUGGAUAACCUUAACACAAGGCCCGUCCCGUCACAGGAGCCGGCGACUAGCCGUUAUCAUAGCGGGUGGGAGCAUUGUGGCACUUGGGGUUCUCGUGCCUCAAGUGAUCGCUUACAAAACCUACUGCCUGACUGAGCUGGAUCGGGAAUGGUGUGGUUGGACACUACCAAAUAUCUAUACUUGGGUUCAGAGUCACUAUUGGAAUGUGGGGUUUCUUCGCUAUUGGACCAUCUCCAAUCUGCCUCUUUUUGUGCUCGCUACACCGAUCCUCAUAAUCAUGUGCAAAUCAUCGCUUUGGGCUCUUCGGGCGCCGUCUACCUUGCGUUCCGAUGCGGGCAAUCAGGCGCCGUCAAUGCUUAGCCCGGGCUCCAUGCUUCUCCGCCUUGCAGUGCCCCAGGGUCUAUUAGCCGUUCUAGCCCUGACGAGUUAUCAUGUCCAAAUUGUCAACCGAAUCUCAUCAGGAUACCCCGUAUGGUAUUGGUAUUUAGUCUCUGUUGGCAUGGAAUGUUUCCAAGAUUCCCGCAAGAACUCCCGCAGCUUAGCGCUUGCCGCGCACCUGAUGGUGGCCUAUGCUUUGAUCCAAGGAGUUCUAUAUGGUUCUUUCUUACCUCCGGCAUAA